CGGCCCACUCCUUCACUCGAUGCCUGAUUAGUAACGGAGUCAUUGUAGGUGACCAGCUGAUUGUGAACCUGCCAUAUGUGUCUCAACCCUAUUUGCGUCACUGACAGUGAAGCGGGUCAGGAGUACAGAGGCGGCUCUGCUGCUGGCUGCUGGCUACAUUAACGAGCAUUAGCCUCUGCGAAAGACGGAUUUGGCCACCUGGUGAAGUCUAGGUGUGUGUGUGUGUUCUAGAUUAAUAAACAUGUAAGCAAGCACAACUGAAGUGCGUGCAUGGGUCACCAGUGAAUCUGGGGACGUGUUUUAUGUUGCAGCUCAGUCACACAUGACACAUCAUAUAUGAAAGGUGGAGUGCACCUCCCACUUGGGUGCUGCUUGGUUUAUAUUCCUGGCCCCCACAGCGUUGCUUUCUAAAUGUGGACUGCCUGCCAAGACAUAAGAGGAAGAGUGUGACUGCUCCAGGGUUUGUGUUCACAGUUUAGAGGAUCCCAUCUUGGCAACAGGUGGACAGUCCGCUGCCUGGUUGCUCGUGGUAACGCUCCGCCAUGCCUUUCCCCUUUGGCAAGUCCCACAAGUCACCGGCGGACAUCGUCAAGAACCUUAAGGACAGCAUGACGGUGCUCGAGAAGCAUGACAUUUCUGACAAAAAGGCAGAGAAGGCCACAGAGGAGGUGUCAAAAAGCCUGGUGGCCAUGAAGGAGAUCCUGUACGGGACUAACGAGAAAGAGCCCCAAACAGAAGCAGUGGCUCAGCUAGCCCAGGAGCUCUACAACAGCGGCCUGCUCAGCACCCUGAUAGCAGAUCUGCAGCUCAUCGACUUUGAGGGUAAAAAAGAUGUGGCUCAGAUCUUCAACAACAUCCUGAGGCGUCAGAUUGGCACACGGACACCUACAGUGGAAUACCUGUGCACGCAGCAGAACAUCCUCUUCAUGUUGCUUAAAGGGUACGAGUCUCCAGAGAUCGCCCUAAACUGCGGGAUCAUGCUGAGGGAGUGCAUCAGACACGAGCCGUUGGCCAAGAUCACACUGUGGUCGGAGCAGUUUUAUGACUUCUUCCGAUACGUGGAGAUGUCCACAUUCGAUAUCGCCUCGGACGCAUUUGCCACUUUCAAAGACCUCCUCACAAGACACAAGCUACUGAGUGCAGAGUUCCUGGAGCAACAUUACGACAGAUUCUUCAGCGAGUAUGAGAAGUUACUCCACUCAGAAAACUACGUGACUAAAAGGCAGUCUCUGAAGUUACUGGGAGAGCUGCUUCUUGACCGGCACAAUUUCACCAUCAUGACGAAAUACAUCAGCAAGCCGGAAAAUCUCAAACUAAUGAUGAAUCUGUUAAGGGACAAAAGCCGCAACAUCCAGUUUGAGGCUUUCCACGUUUUUAAGGUGUUUGUGGCCAACCCAAACAAGACGCAGCCCAUCCUGGACAUCCUGCUGAAGAACCAGACCAAACUCAUCGAGUUUCUCAGCAAGUUCCAGAACGACAGAACGGAGGACGAACAGUUCAACGAUGAAAAGACUUACCUGGUCAAACAGAUCAGGGACCUGAAGAGGCCUGCCCCACAGGAGGCCUGAGGAAUGGUACAAGGGCAGGGGGGGGGGGGGGUUUGGGGAGCCACCAGGAUCAUGUCUGGACCAACACCCAGACAAUGUCCGCUUGACGGAUCCAUCAGCAGCUGCUCUUCUGGCUUCUGAACAAAAAAAAAAACGAGGAAACAUGAGAAAACCCAACUUAUCAACUCAUCAGGAAGUGGCCAACUCCUCGCCUCCUCCUCGAACGCUUUUUUUUUUUUUUUUUUUUAAGUCUUAUUCCUUCAAAAGAAAUAAUAGAUGUUGCUGCUUCCCUGCACAUUGAGACAGUCAAAGUAUAUUCUAAAGACAACAGUCCGUCAAACAAAGUGACAGGAAGUGUCAGUUUAAAGAAAGCAGACUUCCUGAUAAACAAAAGUUAACACGUUUACACACAUAAAAACCAUGCGCACACACACACACACUGAAACAAUAUCGGCUAACUCCUUGGGAUGGGAAUGGUACGAGUGAAGUUGAACAUUGGUGUGUUUGUUGCAUGCCUUGAGAUGUGAUGAUAGAUCCACGGCUGGACUCGAGUGUCAGCUCUGUUGGCCCGCACGGGUAACGCACGUGCAUCACAACAACCGCUAAAGCUUCAUCCCCUUCAGAAAAAGCAACAACAGUGGUUCAUUUUAACAAUUCAUUUGGACAAACUCUCAGAGGCCAUGACACAGAACCAUGAACCUCCCGUGUGCUUUGUAUUCGACGCAGCACUUUGAAGCACACGAGGAAGCGAGCGAGGGAUGCAUUUAGGUCUCUUUAUUGUUUUUGGGACGGGGUGAACAUGUACAUAUGCCUUUUUUUUUGCUUUGUAGAUUUUUUGUUUAACCUCGACAUAUGAAUAUAUAUUAUAUAUAUAUCACCUUAAACAUCAGGUUUUUGGUUAAAUUGUUAUCAUUUUAAACAGUAAAAGAAACAAGCGAAGUGAUUUUGUUUUUUUUGCAUUUCAUUUUGCUGCUGCUGGUGGAUUGUGUUGUACAUAAGCGAGGGCCAGCUCACGGAUAAGAUAACAGUUUGUGCAGCAGAGGAAUGUCAUGGUGUUAGCUCUGGAUCUGUUAACCUUCUUCAUCUACAUUUUGAACAUGCGGGAGUGUGUGCUUUAGAGGGGAGGGGGGAGGGGUCGUUUGGAGAGCAUUAACAGAAAUAUAAAUCCUGUGUUUGUGCACUUUGUGAGGUGCUGAGUGAUCAACAUCAGCUAACCAGAGUCGAGGGCUGCAGGGAUUCCCGCUCCCCUCGACGCUAUCAUUAACUCUUUUUAUUUCUCAUUCUCGCCUCUUUGCGAGGGGCAAAAGGAGGGCUGCGUGUCCUCGCGGUGAGCGUGCAUCAGCGGUGAACUCCUCUUAAGGACACAACGUGGAAUAUGACUCCUAUUUUUCUCCUCCUGUUUGAGCCUCCCUCUUCAUAGGGAUUAUAAUUCCAGUACAAUUGAGUGUAAAGCAUUGUGGGUAGCAGAGUAAUUGGGGCAUGUUGGGCUGUCCUCACGGUGCUGAACAAAACAGAUUUGUUCCUUUACAGCGAACAACCCGGCGUCAUACAGAACCGUCUCGGUGCAGACGACGGCACUGCUCAGAUCGUCUUCAGCUCCUCCCAUCAAACACAUUGAACGUGCAUGUUCCUCCGCUGGCUGUGCAUGAUGCUGUACUAGAGGUGUUGUACUGGAAUUGUUUACUUUUUUUCCAAUAUUUAACAACAUUGAAAUGUCAAAUUGAACUCUUGGCUGGAUGCUGACUAACUGGGACUCACUUUCCAGCAAAGAGCGUGUGGGUGCUUUCAGAAGUGUCAAAGGCCUGGGCCCUACAAACGAAAUAAAGAAACAACAACAUUUGGAAUAAAAUAAA